CCCAGCUCCUCACUAUCCUGCUCCGCCGCUCAUAAAAAGGGGCUGGACCAGGCGGAAAACGGGGGGGAACAGGAAAAGCAAAACAUUUUUUUUGACAGGAUGAACAACACAUUCCUAAACAUGGCGUCGAUAGGCGACUUCGACCCUCUCAACGCGUCUAUUCCUGCCACCAAAGUUGAAAUCACAGUGUCCUGCAGAAACCUGCUGGACAGGGACACCUUCUCCAAAUCAGACCCAAUUUGUGUUCUCUACACACAAGGCAUGGGCAACAAGGAGUGGAGAGAGUUUGGGAGAACAGAGGUGAUAGACAAUACGCUAAACCCAGACUUUGUGAGGAAAUUCAUUUUGGACUACUUCUUUGAAGAGCGACAAAACAUCCGAUUUGACUUGUAUGAUGUUGACUCCAAGAGCGCAAACCUGUCAAAACAUGAUUUUCUUGGCCAGGCAUGCUGUACUCUCGGAGAGGUGGUUGGAUCGUUGGGCAGUCGCUUGGAAAAACCUCUUGGAGGCAUUCAAGGGAAGAAAUGCGGGACCAUUAUUGUGAAAGCUGAGGAGCUGAACAACUGCAGGGAAUCAGUGAUGAUGCAGUUCUGUGGGAACAAGUUGGACAAAAAGGAUUUCUUCGGCAAGUCCGAUCCCUUCCUGGUCUUCUACAGGAGCAAUGAGGACGGCACGUUUACCAUCUGCCACAAGACAGAGGUGGUGAAGAACACAUUGAACCCAGUGUGGCAGGCCUUUAAAAUCCCUGUCCGGGCUCUUUGCAAUGGUGAUUAUGACAGAACAAUCAAGGUCGAAGUGUACGACUGGGACAGAGAUGGCAGUCAUGACUUUAUCGGAGAGUUCAGCACCAGCUACAGAGAACUAUCCAGAGGGCAGAGCCAGUUCAACGUCUACGAGGUGAUAAAUCCAAAGAAAAAAGGGAGGAAGAAAAAAUACCUCAACUCUGGAACGGUAACACUUCUGUCAUUCCUGGUGGACAUUGAAGUCACCUUCCUGGACUACAUCAAAGGAGGGACCCAGAUUAACUUCACUGUGGCCAUUGAUUUCACAGCUUCCAACGGUAACCCAGCUCAGCCCACAUCUCUCCACUACAUGAGUCCCUAUCAGCUUAAUGCCUACGGGAUGGCCCUGAAGGCAGUGGGAGAAAUCAUCCAAGACUACGACAGUGACAAGAUGUUUCCAGCGCUGGGGUUUGGAGCCAAGCUGCCACCUGACGGACGGAUCUCCCACGAGUUUGCGCUGAACGGAAACCCUCAGAACCCGUACUGUACAGGUAUUGAAGGCGUGAUGGAAGCCUACUACCAGAGUCUAAAGUCAGUUCAACUCUACGGACCCACCAACUUCUCUCCCGUAAUCAACCAUGUGGCCAGGUAUGCAGCGUCAGUGAAGGACGGCUCCCAGUACUUUGUGCUCCUCAUCAUCACAGAUGGCGUCAUCUCAGACAUGGCCCAGACCAAGGAGUCUAUUGUCAAUGCCGCCUGUCUGCCGAUGUCGAUCAUCAUCGUUGGGGUGGGGCCUGCAGAAUUUGAUGCCAUGGUUGAGUUGGACGGUGACGAAAUCAGAAUCUCAUCCAGAGGCAGAUACGCUGAGAGGGACAUUGUUCAGUUUGUCCCAUUCAGAGACUACAUCGACCGGACGGGGAACCACAUCCUUAGCAUGGCCCGGCUCGCCAAAGACGUCUUGGCUGAGAUCCCUGACCAGUUCCUCUCCUACAUGAGGACCCGCGGGAUCAAGCCGUCUCCAACACCGCCUCCCUACACGCCACCAGCGCAACCCAUCCAAACCCAGAUAUGAGGAGCCGGGGGGAGACAGCUUUCGGAGACGGGGGUUAGCCGAACUUUACGCGUGAAAUACAUCCAUUUCCCUAAAGGCCACUCUCCAUGCCUUGUGGAUCACGUGUUCAGGAAGCUGCAUGUCGGGCCGGGAGAGUGUCGCUUUUUGAGGACAGGAAAAGCCAAUGAGAGUCUGUUUACUUCCACUGUCAAGCAUUCCUGUGACUGUCUGGAUUUUGUUUUUACGCCUGGGUAACACGAGCAGGCUUCGGAGAGAGUUUUAAUUUUAAGCUGGAAGGAAAAGAAUGAAUGAAAGAGGAAAUGAGAGACACCUUUGGAUGCAUGAAGAGAAUGUCUCCAGACAAAACAAAGGAAUCACUUGACGAACUUCUCCUGUAAAUAUCUGGACAUAUGUGACUUCUACUUUUUCUGUCUCUUUCUCUCUCUCUCUCUAACUCACUCAUUGUUUACAGUAAACACAAAAAGGAUUUUUACUGUUGAUACUUUUAUAUACACAUAGAUCCAAUAUGAAGGUUGUAAUAUUCUCUCUCUCUCUCUCUCUCUCUCUCUCUCUCUCUCUCGCUCUCGCUCUCUCUCUCUCUCUCUCCUGGCAUGUGCGUCAGGUAGCAGCAGUGCAGGUCCUGGUAGCCCCUCUGUACCGUACCGUACUGUGCUGUACUGUACCGUACUGUAUUCUGGUGUUUGUAUUAACCUUUUGCAUGAGUGUAGCCUCAGUCAAGUGCAUGCAUAUAGUGGUCCUGCACUACCUCUUCUGUCCAAACAUUCAUUUGUCUCUCUGUCUUUGGGGGGUGGGUGUCUGUCUGCCUGUAUCCAUUCGUCACUUCACCCUCUCUGUCUGUC